UUUUUUUAUCAUAUUUCUGUUAUUAGGUGCAAUAAAAUGUGGUCAUAGAAAUGCUCGGGAUUUGUGGAAAUUAGAUGGAGUAGGUGUAGAUAUUGUAUCAUGUGUUAUGUCAGAAAAACAAUUUGAAUUUUUAUUGCGAUAUAUACGUUUUGAUGACAUAAGAGGACGUGAAGAAAGAAAAAAGUUUGAUAAAAUAACCCAUGUGCGAUGGUUAUUUGAAAGUUUUAUACUACAGUGUAAACAGUCAUAUAGUUUAUCCGAGUUUGUCACUAUAGACGAAAAACUCCAAGCCUUUCGUGGUCGAUGUUCUUUUAGGCAGUACAUUCCGUCCAAACCUGCUAAAUAUGGUAUAAAAAUUUUUGCUAUGGUAGAUAACAUUUCAUAUUUCACCAGUAAUAUGGAAAUUUAUGCCGGAAAACAACCUGAUGGUCCAUUUAGUAUUGAUAACAGUCCGAAAAAUGUUGUUCAUCGUUUGAUACAACCUAUUAGGAAUACAGGAAGAAACGUGACAAUCGAUAACUGGUUUACUAGUGUUCCGCUCGCAGAUGAAUUACUGAAUCAAAAACUCACCUUACUUGGUACCCUUAGGAAAAAUAAAACUCAAAUACCACAGGAAUUUAAAAUCACGAAAAAUCGCCCUGUAUUUAGUUCUUAUUUUGGAUUUAGUGGAAAAAAAGUUCUAGUUUCAUACAAACCUAAAAAUAACAAAAUAGUAUUACUAUUAUCCACAAUGCACAAUGAUAAUUCAAUCGACAGUAGUACAGGAGCGGCAAAAAAACCAAACAUGAUAACGAUGUAUAAUGCAACGAAAGGCUCUGUGGAUACAAUGGAUAAGAAAACCGAGAAUUACACUGUUGCACGGCAGUGUAUGCGUUGGCCAUUAGUAGUUUUUUAUUCAAUGCUAAACAUCGGUGGACUAAACGCACAAAUUAUUUUCCAAGAAAAUACUUCAAUAAGAAAAACAAGACUUGUAUUUUUGAAGACAUUAGCUCGUCAACUAAUGCAAGAACAAAUGGAAUACCGUUUGACAAUGGAUUGUUUGCCAAAACAAAUAAAAUUAAGACUAAAUGAAUACUGCAACAUAACAAGAACUAACGUGGGGGAAAUACAACGUGUACGAGCUUCUGGAAGAUGUACUUUUUGUGACCGCUCAAAAGAUCGUAAGGCUACAAAAGUAUGUACUAAUUGCGCAAGGCUCAUUUGCAGAGACCAUAUAAUAGAGACUUACCCUGACUGCUUUGAGGCUUCAUAG